UCCCGCUCAUUUAGCCCGCCUGAUUACUAAAAAUUUGCACACGUUCUUCAUUCAUUUAAAGAUCACUGACCAGUCUGCAUUAUAAGGGCUUGAAGAGCGAUUUUCUUGGCUUAAUCUGUCAGUAAUCAGUUACAGCGACCCGACCUUAAAGCCUCUGUACAAUUCCCACUAAUAAACAAUCAAAAGAAGCAAAAUGUUUGAAGCUCGCCUGGGACAAGCCACCAUUCUGAAGAAGAUCCUCGAUGCCAUCAAGGAUCUGCUCAAUGAGGCCACCUUUGAUUGCAGCGACUCCGGCAUUCAGUUGCAGGCCAUGGACAACUCCCAUGUGUCCCUGGUAUCGUUGACCCUCCGCUCCGAUGGCUUCGACAAGUUCCGCUGUGAUCGCAAUCUUUCAAUGGGCAUGAAUCUGGGUAGCAUGGCCAAAAUUCUCAAGUGCGCCAACAAUGAGGAUAACGUGACAAUGAAGGCGCAGGACAAUGCCGAUACAGUGACCAUCAUGUUCGAGUCUGCCAACCAGGAGAAAGUGUCCGACUAUGAGAUGAAGCUAAUGAACCUCGACCAGGAGCACCUGGGCAUCCCAGAGACUGACUUCUCCUGCGUGGUCCGUAUGCCAGCGAUGGAGUUUGCGCGCAUUUGCCGCGAUCUGGCACAGUUCAGUGAGUCUGUGGUUAUCUGCUGCACUAAGGAGGGCGUUAAGUUCUCGGCCAGUGGUGAUGUGGGCACUGCUAACAUCAAGCUUGCUCAGACUGGAUCCGUCGAUAAGGAAGAAGAGGCCGUCAUCAUCGAGAUGCAAGAGCCUGUAACACUCACUUUUGCCUGCCGCUACCUGAACGCCUUCACAAAAGCCACUCCAUUGUCCACUCAAGUGCAGCUGUCGAUGUGCGCAGAUGUCCCGUUGGUGGUGGAGUAUGCGAUCAAAGAUUUGGGUCACAUACGCUACUACCUGGCGCCCAAGAUUGAGGAUAACGAGACAUAAACCAGCCGCCAGGAGCAUUUUCAUAUUUAUUCCCCCGCUCGUAAUCACUCAUCCUCUUACGUACAAUUCAUUCCUAUGUUUUAAGCUAAAUAUGCAUUUUUGAUUCAAUAAAACCUGUAUUGUGUAAUGUUAA